AUGUUCGCUUCAAUAUGGUCCUACUUAGGCUGGAAAGAAGAAGAGCCAGUAAUACAAAAUUAUCCACCCGUUACCUUUGUUGGUGUCAGGAUCCCAGCCGACGGCACUCCCGCCCACCUCCUCUCGCUUACCACAACAAGUGACUCCUCAGCUACGGACAGCUUCCUCCUCCACGUUCCCGACCUGCGCUCCUAUUGGAAUUCGAAAGAAGCAUGGAGAUUACGUGACAUCCAUAGAUUUGACCUACAGAAAGAUGGUCGUGUCCCGCUCUCGCAGCAUCGCCAGCAAACGGAUGACCUCAAGAGCCUGCUUCGUGCGCCACAAUGCCUUAGUCGCGAGCAGUUGCUUCAUCUCCGGCAACGACAUCUUCUUCCCCAACAGCGCUUCUUUGUACCGCAGCAUGAUGGUUAUCAUUACUGUCUGGGGACCUAUUACGUCUUCUACUCUUUUGCAGUCGACGAUCUGCCAAUCAACAAAUUCGUCCCUCUUUGGAUUGAAGAGAAUAACGAUCCUCUCAUCCCCCACCGUUAUUUUGGAGAUGUUUUUGUGGUGAAAAUCAGCCCGGAUGAGGUUGGGCAGGAUGGCCGGGCUGCUUAUGAAGACGUACAUCCGUUUUUCCUAGAUUUCUUGGUUGAUAAUGCUGCCUAUUCAAAACCACUCAUUCCCUUGCUUCACCUACAAGCAAAAGGGUGGCUUAUUGGAUGUCCCAACAUUUUUUAA